AUGUCAGAUAACACGGACGACUACUCGUACGACUACGAAUACCUUUACAAGAUUGUCCUUAUCGGCGAUUCGGGAGUCGGUAAAUCCAACUUGUUGUCCCGUUUCACUAGGGACGAGUUCAAUUUGGAAAGCAGAUCGACGAUUGGGGUCGAGUUUGCUACUCGGACUUUGGAGAUCGACGGCAAGAGGGUCAAGGCCCAGAUUUGGGAUACCGCGGGACAGGAAAGAUACAGAGCCAUCACCUCGGCUUACUAUCGGGGCGCAUUGGGCGCUUUGAUUGUGUACGAUAUCGCCAAGACGGAGAGCUAUGAGAGUGUAAGUCGUUGGUUGAAGGAGUUGAAGGAGCACGCCGACGCCAAUAUUGUGAUAGAGUUGGUUGGCAACAAGUCCGAUUUGGACCACUUGAGAGCUGUGCCCACUGACGAAGCUAGAAAUUUCGCCAUGGAUAACAAUUUGUUGUUUACCGAGGCGUCUGCUUUGAGUUCCGAUAACGUGGAUUUGAGUUUCCAUCAGUUGCUAAAGAAUAUCUACGAGAUGAUUUCAAAGCAUCAAUUGGACACUAACGAGCAGGGCGGGUUGAAGUCGGCUAGCAACGGACCAACUAUAAGUUUAACUCCUGCGCCCCAGGAGAAGAAUCGUGGUAAAAACAAUAGUAAUUGUUGUUGA